UCAUUACCAAUGGCGGCUCAACUAUAAAUGGAGCCUCGCUUGGCGUGUCGACAUUCCUUGUUCAAAAUGCAGCUCGGCUACUUCGUCCUUUAUCUUGCCUGUUUCAUAGGAUUAGCAGUCGGAGAUAGCAGCUGCAUGUCCAAAAGACUCUGCACAUUAGAAUUCAUACCUAUUUGUGCUAGGUCUGAGCGCCAGAGCAAAACUGAAACUUUUUCAAACAAUUGUUUUCUCGACAGCAGGGUGGCAUGUGGAGAAGGUUCCUUAGGUUUAUCAGUCGUAGCGAUAGACUUAUUUUUACCAGAAAACUUCCAGAAAUGCGUAAAUGAGCAGAUCUGUCCAGGCGAACCUGCCUUUGUUUGCGCUUUGCAUAAGAGGUGGAACGCACUUAUGACUUUUCAAACACCAUGUAAAGUUAACGCCUGGAUAAAAUGUGGAGAAGGAGUUGCCGUUUCUCCGUUCCUUAUUAAACCGGUCUCCCCACUCCUUAUCGAUCCAGCUGGAACAGAAUUGGAACGGGUCCGGAAUGAUUUGCCAACUGUUCCUCCGUUCCAUAUCGAACCGGCGGUAUCGAUAAUUCUCAGUCGUUGGAACAGUUCCGUUCCGUUCCACAUCUACGUUGGAGCUGGUUAUGGACAAUGUAAAGUUCCCUUCACCUGUCCUGUCGUGUACAGACCAGUCUGCGGCUAUAAAAUCAUCAAUCCAUGGGGGACUUUUUACUACGAAUACCGGGAAUUUACUAAUAGGUGCAUGUUUGACCACUGCUCCGAUGAGAUAGAGAACUGCGAAAUUCGUCUAUAUUUUGUAAACAAUCUUGGGCUACGAGAUUUAAAGAAUGAUCUUGACAGUGAAAAAACAGUACUCUUGACUCCAUCCUUUGAAUCCUCGCCUGAAGGCCCAUGCGCAACCAGCUACAUUGCUUGCACUGUCAUAGCAUUGGCCGUGUAA